UUUUUAUCAGGGAUAUUAAUAUUUUAUAAUGUGAUUUUAGGCAGUUCUAUCAAUAAAAUAAGUUUUUAUAUAUCAUUAAGAUUACGCUUCAAUUAACUUUUACAAUGGCAUCUAAAGAUUUAGUGAAACAAGUUUCUCCAUGGUAUUCAAGUGCUGAAUGGAGGCAUGUGUUUAGUUUAGUGUUCUCGUCUGAAUAUGUGAAUCGAUUGGAAGGUUUGAAUUAUAUGAAAAUGUGGAAAGUUAGAACACCGUAUUUGUCUGGAGGAAUACAAGGGACGAUGGAAAUUCUUGAAGCAGUUUUGUAUGAUGAGAAUCCUGACAAUGAUAAUCAAAGUAAUAGAACAAAACAAACAGUAUACUCUAUGGCAAUAAUGCGGUGGCUCAACUUAAUAACUGACUCAACAAAGUAUAAUACAUUGUAUCAUACUGCUCAAAAUUUACAAAUUCCACAUUGGAUUAUUAUAUACGCCAUGCAGUCGCUCAUAGUACAGAAUUAA